AUGAAGUUGGACUUGAACGAUUUAGUCGAACACGUGGAGAGGAACUCGAAACGAGUGACUCCGUUGGAACACCAAUUCUUAGGAUUACAAGGUUUUGCAGUUGGCGGGACCGCGUUUGAACGAGACGCGUUUGAAGAAAAAAAUAAUCACGGGGACAGAACAAAUUCAACGCAUGCGAGUUUCAUUGGACGAAUCGAUUCGGCGUUAAACGGGAACGAGGAGUCGUGGCAUUUGCUGACGAAAAGGGCAAAACGCGGUGAAUUGAGACAAGAGUGGUUAGUUUCGUACGCUCGCGUUCCGGUGAGAAUGCAACCACACAUCGAUUCAUCGCUUCGUGGGGUGAAAAAGAAAGGUGAAAAGGUCGUUGCCGUUUCAAAGCACGGCGAUUGGCUUGAAAUUUUGGACGAAGAAGAAGAAGAAGAAGAAGAAGAUCAAGUGAAAUUCAAGAAGAAAGAAGAGAAGAAGGACAAUCUGAAAACGCUCGGUUGGAUGCUCACCACGCACCCUGAAUUUGGUGACCUGUUAAAGUUCAUGAGAGGUUCGCACACGCUACCGGCAGUCAAUCAAGUCUUGGCGACAAAGGAAGCUAGCGAUUUGCUGGAUCACGAGCACAUGGUGACCAUCGACUACAGCCGGACGAGAACGUUUCGAGUCGUCUCUAAAUCGUGGGUUCCUGUUCGAAUAAAACCAAAAUUAGACGCGCAUACGAUAGGAGGUAAACAUUGCGACGAGAUUAUUCGCGUCGAUGCGAGACGAGGCGAUUGGGUGAGACUGAAUUCCGAAGACUUUCCGCCUGGGUAUUUUAAGUGGCACGAAGCCAAAGCAGAAGCAGCGGUGGAGAAAAAAGAAGACGAAGAAAGAGAAGAGUCAAAAGAAGAAAAAGAAGAAGAAACGGAAAAAAAAGAUGAUGGAGAAGAAGACGAAGGAGACCAAGAGGUCAGCAAAGAGUGUUGGAUGUUAACCGUAUAUCCAGAGAAGGGCGUUCUGCUUGAAGAGUGUCGCGCCGACGGAUCGGAUUUCAUUUCCAAGGUUAAACCAAAGGUACGACAACAAGAACAACACGAACAAAAACACGAACAACAAAAGAGAGAGAGUGAGAUUGGGCGCAUCCCUCGUGGGUGCGAGAGCGUUUACACAGCCUCGGAUGUAAUACCAUAG